AUGUCAACACCCGAUGUUGCUAUAGGGCCGGAAAUACAAAAGUUAGUGGACCCUUUCGUUCUCAAGCUUAAAAGACACCAAAUAGAAGGUGACAGAGAAAUAGCCUUGGCGGUAGCACAGCUACUUAUGCGAGUGAUCUCAGCUGCUCGUUGGUCCGACCCCCAUGACUUGAUAGAUUUGAUUCGAAAGACUGGUAAGGUGAUUAUUGGUGCACGUUCAAAGGAAAUAAUUACUGGUAACAUUAUCAGACGUGUGCUUGCAUUGAUCAGGGAUGAAAUUGAAACUGACAAUUCUGAGAGCACCCCAAUGAUGAGCUCCAUGUUCAGUUUAUUGUCAACGAAUCUGAAUAAAAAGCUGGCAGUGUCCCAAGUAUCCAAAAAACAGAACAGUGAUCUCAGGUCUAUCAUUAUACAUGGUAUUCGAGAUUUAGUAGAUGAAAUUUCGGCAGUGAACGAGAAUCUCGAAACCAUGGCAUGGGAUUUGAUUCACGAUAAUGAAAUUUUAUUGACCCCUACGCCGUCAUCUGAUACAGUCUUGGAAUUUCUCAUCAAGGCGAGAGCUAAGAGAACGUUCACGGUGCUCGUAACUGAAAACUAUCCCAAUGACAUUAAGAAAGCUCACAAGUUCGUCAAGGCAUUGGUUGACAACAAAAUAGACACAAUUCUUGUUCCUGACUCGACUACGUUUGCAGUCAUGUCUAGAGUAGGUAAGGUGAUUGUGGGUUCCAAGUCGGUAUUUGCCAACGGUGGUUGCAUGUCAAAUUCAGGUGUGGCCCAAUGUCGUGGAAUGUGCCAAGGAACACAAGACCCCGGUAUUCGCUGUGGCUGGAUUAUACAAGUUAUCGCCAUUAUAUCCCUUCAGUCGUAA